UCAUAAAUUAAAGGUUAAGUUAAUUUUUGGUAAAUGCUAGAUGUUUGAUAUUUUCGAUGAUUUUUCAUGUCUAAAGCAAAAUAAAUUUGCUCAAACUCCUGAGCAACAAAUUACAAAGAAUAAUUUCAUUUAAUUAGUAUUACUUUAAUACUACAUCAUAUAUUACACGUUAUUACGUAUCCUUUAAGUAUGUCAGUUGAUCAGAAACAGAUUGAAACUAAGGAACUAACAAAUGGAACAGUUAAAGAACAGAAGGUUUCUGGUAAUUCAAAGUCAGUAUUUAUGAAACUAUCCAGUUAUGUACUAGCCUUACGACCGUGGUCGCUGAGUGCCAGUUUAAUGCCUACAUUAUUGGGGUCAACGAUAGCUUAUAAGUAUCCUGGGGCUACAGACUUCAACUUUUUAACGUUAAUUUUUACUGUUUUUACUGUUGUCUCCGUACACGGGGCUGGCAAUGUUGUUAAUACUUACUUUGAUUAUGUUAAAGGUAUUGAUAACAGAAAAUCAGAUGACAGAAUUCUAGUGGAUCAUAUUUUAUCUAAGGACGAAGUUGUAUCUUUGGGAGCCUUCCUUUACCUCUGUGGAUGUGUUGGAUUUAUAUUAAUGGCAGCAUUAUCUCCUGCAAAAAUGGAACAUUUAGCUCUGGUUUAUUUUGGAGGACUUUCCUCAAGCUUCCUGUACACUGGCGGAAUUGGCUUUAAAUAUAUAGCAUUAGGAGAUGUUCUAAUUUUAAUAAUAUUCGGCCCCAUAUCAGUUCUGUUUGCUUUCAUGGUUCAAACAGGAAGAGUGGAAUGGGCAACAAUGUAUUACGCCAUUCCUCUAGCUCUAAACACUGAAGCUAUCUUGCACAGUAACAAUACAAGAGAUUCUGCAUCCGAUAAGAAAGUUGGCAUUGUUACUUUGGCUAUUAUUAUCGGACAUACCGCUUCGCAUAUAUUGUAUGCAUUUCUACUUUUCACUCCAUAUAUCAUGUUUAUGGUGGCAACUUUAAAAUAUUCAAAAUGGUUUGUCCUGCCUCUUAUUACACUUCCCGGUGCUUUCAAAAUCGAGAAACAGUUUAGAUCGAGCGAUAUACAGGGCAUUCCCAAAAAGACAGCGAGACUUAAUUUAUAUUUUGGAGUAUUAUAUGUUAUGGCAUGUAGCAUGGCUCCGAGCUUACCGUUUAUAUCACAAAGAUAGAUUUUCGAGGGCCUAUUGUUAGUGUUUAUUUUUAUUAAAUUAUUUUUUUGUAUUUUAAAGAAUUUUAUUCAGUUUUAACCUUUGUUAUAUUUAGUUUUAAACACUACAAGAGGUAAAUAUAUCGAUUAUUUAUAGAUAAAUAUGUCUUGAAUUAAAUGGUUAUGCUAGUUAUUUGGAGGUUGAAAAUGAAUCUUGAGGGCCAGUAUUACUUAUAGAUUAAUAAUGUUUGAUUUUCUGGCAAAACAUAAAUGUAUUUAAAUUAUAUAAAUUUAUUUUGAUAUAAUACAAACUGCACACAUAUAUGUUGACAUAAAUCUUAUGUAUUUUUUUUAUAUUUUUAUAAAACAGACUUAUGUUUGACUAUAAUUAUGAUGAAAUAAUUUAGGUAUAUAACAGAUUAUCUUCCUGAUGAAACUAUACAUUUAAAUUGAAAAUACUGUGUUAUACGUAAUAUGUGGAUAACAAGCAGUUAGGAAGAAUCAUUGAACUCAUCUUUAUAAAUAUUUAUUUAAAACUUUAUAAUAUAAAUGUUAAUAUAUUUUAUAAUUAUUUAGUGAAUAUUAUUAAAUAUAAAUUAUGUUACAGUAUAAUUAGUAACUUUUGAGAUUAUAGGUUAAAUUUAUGAUAGAAAUGGAAUAUAAUAUACGUAUAUCAUUGUUACUUUAUGUCAUUCUUCAAUUGUAUUAUGAUUUUAGAUAUAUUUUAUUGCAAAUGAUCCUAGAAAA